UCUCUCUCUCUCUCUCUCUCUCUCUCUCAAGAAAAAAUAUGGGAAUGGGAGAGGCAAAGUCGCAGAUUGAAGCUGUGUUAACUGUGUCACCAUUAAAGGUGACUGAACCACGACAGGUUCGUCAAGUUCUGGCGACCCACAACGCAAAAGCUAUUUCUGGCUGUUACCACAUAGUUCUUUACUUCCCCAAGUCUACCAAGGACGACGACCAUCAUCAUGAGGCGUUUCUGGCUGGUUGGGCCGUCGAGUCACUGGCCAUGGCUCUGUCGGACUACCCCCUGGUCGCAGGCCGGCUCCGGCGAAGGGAAGACCCUGACGACGGCGGAGCAGUACUGGAGAUUGUGUCCAAUGACUCAGGCAUUCGAAUGGUGGAGGCUCGAAUCCCCAUGACCAUGUCUCAUCUUCUUGGACUGAAUCGAGAGGAUUUCGUUGAGGUUGAAGCUGAUCUUGUGUUCUGGAAGGACGUGGAUGAACACACACCUGAUUUCUCUCCUCUCUUUUAUGUUCAGGUGACAAACUUCGAAUGUGGAGGAUACUCCAUUGGAAUAAGUUGCAGCUUCCUCCUGACAGAGUUUCUGGUCGUUGAGAAUUUCCUCAAGAAAUGGUCGGACAUACACAAGAACAAUAUUAAUAACCUAAAAGCCCAGAACGAAGAAGAAGACACUAAAACUGUCACACCCAUAUUUUACCAUCCUCGUCUUAAGAACUUUGAGUCUCCUCCCACCGAAAUAAUCACUCGCACCCCAACAAAGCACCAGGUCGUAAAUGUCAUAUUCAAGGUCGCUUCGUCCCAGGACGCAGGUUUCGAGGAGGACGACGACGACAUGUGGAAGGAACUGGGCAUGAUUUUCGUGGAGAAGGCAGAGCAAAAGCUUGACAGGAAGAUAAUGAUUGAGAGCUUCUCGUUGAUGGUGAUGAAAUCUGGUGAGGUUAUCAGAGAGGUGGGAAGUUGCUGUAAGAGUAAAAGUGUGCAGAGAUCUGCAGGCAGGGUGAUGAAAAAGAAGGAAUAUGAGGUGGUAAGGACAACGUGGGAUGAGUUUGGAGGGUACGAGGUAGAGUUUGAGGAAGGGAAUGAGGCCGUGCUUGUUUCUCGUUGGAUUCAUUGUUCGGUUUGCGAUGAUGAGGCACAUGUCGUGGCUGUUCCAUUUCCAAAAGAAGGUGUCUCUGCUUUGAUUAUGGUUUCGCUUCCUGUUGGAAACAGUUACAUCAGUAGUUAUAAGGCUUAAUUUGGAUGUUUUAAUUAAUUGUACAAGGAUUUAGAUCAUUUCAUUCUGCUUAUUUGUGUUCUUUAACCUUGUCUUCCAUUUAAUUUAACAGAUAAAAAGCGUGGUUUCCCGUUCA